CUCGAUGGCAGUGAGAGAGUGACUGAGGGACAGAGGUGUGGCCUUCGUCUUGGGUUGAUAGCUCACGUGGGUAAGCACCUUCAGGAGAGGCUGGGAGCUUGAACCCACCGAGUGUGAAGACAGGCCUAGAGGAAGUUGUCACAGCUAUGAGAAUCCCAUGGAGCGCAGGUCUCUGCAGCCCUGGGCCUUGCUCAGAAUAGGUGCGAACACUGUAUAUAUUGGAUAAGUGAGUUACUAGGGUGGUACAGUGUACAGUCAGUGAAUAUCUGCCAUCAUCUUCGAUACUAGAUACUAGGGUGGGAUUACGCAGAUAAGGCAUUUAUGGCCCACCGAUGGGAUUGGACAGUCUGCUGCAGAUGAAAAGACAGUAUGUGGUUAAGUUUAUGUGUCAACAUCACCGAACCAUGGUUUUCAGUAGUUUGACAGUUAUAUAAGGAUGAAGUUUGGCAGUUAUGUAGUAAUGUCAUCACUGUUUUGAUCAUCUGUAAAUACCCUUUGUUUGGGGCAGUUAGUUGUCUCUUACGUUGACGAGGCAGGAUUAGAGUGGAAUGCCUCCUGAGUCCUUGCUUUACUAGAAGGGCUGACUCAAGUCACCAUCUUUCAUAUCCUUGUACUGCAUUGCUCAAAUAAGGGGCGUUCCCUUGAGGGUCUAAAGAGCUCGAAGUCCACCUUUCAAACCCACCAUAUGCUCCAUGGGAGAGCUAAGAGACUGUGAAGAUUUACAGCCCUGAAAACUUUCUAAUAGGAUUGCUGUUAGAAUCAGCUCAACGACAGGGGGACUAGUGUUUCCUUGAAGGUCCAGGGUUAGGGAUGCUGCCCUCCUUGCUGUUGAAAACCUGCAUACAAUUUUAACUCCCCCACAGAUAGCUUACAAUUGACUAGCAGUCUUAACCAACAGCAGUUGGUUAACACUUUUUAUAUGUGUAUUAUAUUCUGCACUCAUAUAAAUGCUGUUUUCAAAGUGCAAGAUUUUCCACCUACCGAUUUAGCUGCUGCCCCAGCUUCCUGAAUUUCCUUCUGUGUUUAUACAAUGGUUCUUAUGCCAGUGUUGGCUACCCUGUUAGCAGAGGGCACGCAGCAGUUUCACGCAUUGACCCAGACUGCCGUGGAGCCGGUUCUGACUCCGGAGGACAGGGUAGAAGGGCCCCGUGGGUUUCUGAGAUGGCACUCUUGAUGGGAAUGGAAAAGCCCAUCUUCCUCUCCCUGCCGGAGGUUCUGAACAGCUCGUGUUCGGGUUUACAGUUGACUGCGUACCCAGGGCUCCCACUUUUGUGUAGUAGACCUAGCAAAGACCAGCCUGGUGCUUCCUGAACCUUGGUGGGUCAUGUGCCUGCUGGCCUGGGGCUGGGGCUUUCCUGACAGUCCAGGUUUCUGCUGCUCCUCCUCCCCCAGCCAGAGGUCAAACCACAUGGACUGAGAAUGAGGAAUUGGGUAGAUGCCUAAAGGGAGUGCUGUUACCAGAAGAACAGGAAAUGAAUGCUGGGUAGGCAAAAAUAGCAACUGUCUAAUGGAGAGAAGAUCACAUUAAUUGGGACUAAAUUCCCUAUAGAAAACCCAUAGUACAUGUUAUCUCCUUCAGGCGGAGCAGUCUCAUGGUGAUAAAGCCCUUAAACCUUGUUUAAAGGUAAAAAUGAACAGCUCGUUUGGCAGGGAAUAACAGCAUUCCCAGAAACCGUUUUCCCUUACGCCUUGCGAAUUGCUUUGUAAUGUAGUUGCUAACUUAUUAUUAUUAUUACUAUUUUGUUUGACCACCUUGUUAAUCUGUCCUUGGAAUCAUACACACAUAUCAGCGUGCACGCACACACAGACACACAACCUAACAGACCGUGGACUUUCCACUGACACAGUGAAGUUUGCGUUUCUUGUCGUUGCAUCUUGAGCUCUUGACCUUGGAGCUCCGGUAUCCCCCACCUCCCACUGUUUACACCAGUGCGCUUCCACGUGGGGCCUGAGGAAGACAGGAGCAGAUACAAAGAAGCCAUCCUAAUGAUGAGCACACCCACGCUCGUCUCAUUACUUAGCGUUUCUUUGCCUUUCCUGGUGCGAUUGCAGGGCUCCUGAGACCCACCAAGGUAGUGCACUGUUUAAAGAGCCCACUGCUAACCAGGUGGCUGAGCUGGAAACUGCCAGUUGCUUCAAAGUAGAAAGAUGGGUCAGUCUGCUUCUGUCAAGAUUUAUUGGCUUGGAAAACCCUGUGGGGCAAUUUUUGGUUUAUAGGGUUGCUCAAUCCAAUGGCAGUGGGUUUGAGUUUUUAUUCAACCAGAUUAAUGUGAAAAGGAGAGUAAGCUAAAGCGUUCAAUUGGGCGAGCCGGAUAGAAAGCGUAUCAUUAGUGACAGUAGUUUUAGGAUGAAAACCAAACCCAAACCAAAUCCUUUGCCAUUAAAUGGGUUCCGACUCCUAACGAGUUUCUUAGCCUCAUCCCUCUUGCAGGAAGCAGUUGGUGAGUUUGAACCCUGGAUCUUGUAGUUGGCAGCCAACUUCUAACACACAGCACCACCAGGGCUCGAGGGCCCUCAUUCUCAGAGAGCUGUUUGGAGGCGAUGGAUGAUCAGUCGGACCCUGGGCCCCUCAGGGAGGGUUCAAAGGCCCUCUUCUCCUUCGGAGUUAUAGCAGACAUUCAGUACGCAGACUUAGAGGACGGCUUUAACUUCUUCGGGACCAGGAAGAGAUACUACAGGCACAGUCUGCUUCAUUUGCAGGGGGCUAUUGACGACUGGACCAGAGAAGGCCGUGUGCCCGGCUUUGUACUUCAGCUUGGAGAUCUCAUCGAUGGGUACAAUGCACAGCAUCAAACAUCAGAAAAGUCCCUAGAACUUGUUAUGAACACAUUCAAAAUGCUUACAGUUCCAGUUCACCAUGCCUGGGGGAAUCAUGAACUUUAUAACUUCAGUAAGGACUACUUAACAAGCUCCAAACUGAACACCAAGUAUCUAGAAGACCAGAUUGCACAUCAUCCUGAGACAGUCCCUUCAGAGAACUAUUAUGCUUAUCAUUUCGUACCGUUCCCUGAGUUCCGGUUCAUUUUACUUGACGCAUACGACGUGAGUGUCUUGGGUCUGGAUACAUGUUCCCCCAAAUACCAGCAAUGUAUGAGGAUACUGAAGGAGCAUAAUCCAAAUGAGGAAUUGAACAGUCCUCAAGGUCUGUCUGAACCCCAGUUUGUCCAGUUUAAUGGAGGAUUCAGCCAAGAACAACUGAGCUGGCUGAACGAAGUUCUUACGUUCUCAGACACAAACCAAGAAAAAGUGGUGAUUGUGAGCCAUGUUCCCAUCUACCCAGAAUCCUCUGACAGUGUGUGCCUUGCGUGGAAUUACAGAGACGCGCUUAGUGUUAUCUGGUCCCACAAGUGUGUGGUGUGCUUCUUUGCGGGGCACACUCACGAUGGUGGAUAUGCACAAGAUCCUUUUGGCGUGCAUCACGUCAGUCUGGAAGGGGUCAUUGAAACAGCGCCGGACAGCCAGGCUUUUGGCACUGUUCAUGUCUAUCCUGAUAAGAUGCUCUUGGAAGGGAAAGGCAGAGUGCCAAACAGAAUUAUGAGUUACAAGUAAGAAAAAGCUUCCCAUGUGCAGGCUAAUGUAUUUUGUUUAAUAAAACCUUUGUAAAAAGAGAA